UCGAAUCGAAUCGAAGUGAGUUAAUAGCAACAUCAGCAGCAGAAGUGGCGCUAAGGCUAAGCUUGUGACUCCGUUCGCUGGCAGCAAAUGAAAGUGACAUGAAGGGAAAAGUGCGAUGAGAUAAUAUUUAAAUAUUGAAUAUCGGUGACGAACAACAUAACCCCGGGCUGAAGGCUGACUUCUUGUUCGAUCAGGCAGUUGGUAUUAACAGUGUAGAAAACCUGACCGACUGACUAAGCUCUCGCAGGCCGUCGUUGGAGAGCUUUCUUUAGGUAGUGCAGACAACGACAACAGCCGAGGGAGAGGUUUAGACUCAGCAGCGGACUUGUGCACAAAUCGACGAAGAGAAAUUUUUUCGAUCGGUUAAGCCUUACGCGGAAAUAUGAGGGCGAGCGGUGGUGGUGGUGGUGGCGGCGGAGGCGGUAGUUGUGGCGUGGUGCGCAAAAUGAGGUUAAACUGCGGACUGGUACUGUGGAUGGCGGUUUGGAUUGUCACGCUGCAGCUGUUGGUUGCAACCGUCGUCGAUGGGAUUUAUGUGGUGGAAAAAGGUGGUAGGAAAUCCUUUGUUAAGCUCAGCCCGGCACAGUGGACCGAACCGGACCCGGACGGCAUGUGGUCGUCGCUGCUGGAGGAGUACACUCUUGGACUCAACACCUCCUCCCGACAGUCCCGGGUAAUGCAGCCCACGCCGGUAGGAAUUGGCCAAACCCAUCAGUACAUCCCGGCAUCCAGUUUCUACAUCAACAAAAGGAUCGGUGAAGCCGUCGAAAUGGGCACCCCCGCAGCAAAGGUCAUCGGUCCGUCGGGAUACGCGGAAAACCAGCUUACACCUCCCUCGGCACAAAGCUCGUUUACGCCCAUGCGACAGAACUUCGGCGGAGCCAGCCCAACGGAACUUCUGUCCUCGCCACGUGAGGUCUCGGAAACGGAUCUGUAUCUGUUGGGCGCAAUUGAGAAGCUGGUGUACCGAGUGGAUUACAUGGAGAACCGAUUGCGACGGGCGGAGCAGAUCAUCUACUACCUGAUGGCGGGGAACAAUCAGAAGCUGGAAUCAUGUCCGGACAACUUCACCCGAGUGCAAGACAUCUGCUACCACUUCGGUGUCGAUCGAGGCUUGAACUGGAAAUCGGCCAGCACGUUGUGCAAGUCCUACGGUGGACAUUUGGCAGAGUUUGAAACCAGUACCGAGUUCCAGGACGUGGUAGCAUUCAUCCUCAACAACCAGCAGAAUCGCGGCAAAGAGUUCUGGCUCGGUGGUCUGAACCCGGGACUGCUUUGGAUCUGGACUCAGUCCGCCAAACCGGUGAACCCUAAUACGAAUCUGACAUCGAUGUCCACGGGUGCCAAGGCUGGGACGAGUACCACAUCGACAACCACGGAACUGCCAGAAACGAACAGGGAUGGCAACAAAAUCGUUAACAAACCCCCGAAGCAGAGCGAACCAACCCUGGAAAUUACCGGAACUGGUCGGUGUUUGAAGCUGACCUACAACGGAGGGUUGUACACUUACGGAUAUUCCGGACAGGACUGCUCGAACCGGUACAACUACAUCUGCGAGCUCAAGAGCAAGUCGCUGGAUAACGAAAUCAAGCGCUUAGCGAAGCAACUAGAUUUGGAUUAGUAAAUAAGACGAAAUUAGAUUUGUAAGAUUAAUUUAUUGAAAUGUUAAUUUAUUAAAAAACCGCCAGUUUAAACUAUUUCAAUGCCAUCAUCGAA